GCCACUUUGUCCCGUCGCGGCUUGCCUCCUCCACCUCGAGGCUACACAUCCCAACGCCGUGGCCGCAAUGAGCCAAUCAACGAUUGCCAUUUUCCCCGCGUUCUCCCGUCUGCAUUGAAUCGUCCUCGAGCCACCAACAUUCGCCCUACCGCCUCCGUCUCUUGUUCGGUUGUUUCCCCCUCAUCAUCUUCAGCUGUCAAUUCAUUCGCCUUCUCAACCAAAAAAACCCUCUUCAGCCGUCAAGAUCGACGCCAAUCCCGCAAACUCGCCUCCCGCACUCCUCCAACGUUGUCCAAGCAUCCCGGACUGCGCUCCGGUAUUGGAUGACAACUAUCCGUCUUCGCCAUCUCAUCCAUCUACCUUCAUCUAAAAGUCAAUGGGCAUUGGCAUCGGCAUCGCUCACCACACCUACCCUACCCUACCCUACAAUACCUUAUCACACCUUAUCAUCAUCAUCAUCAUAAACCAUGAACGACUUUGCUCUCUUUCCCAAUCUACCUCUGGAGCUGCAAGACAAGGUUUGGGAGGCUGCCCUUCCCCCGCCCGCCCCGACCGCUUUCCAUGUUCAGCUGGCCCGCCAUCCUAUGGGCCGCACCGAGGAUGGCUCCAUCGACCGCUACAAUGUCAAGGAUAGAGUUCUUCUCUACAGACUUCGCACCUCUGGUCCCCCUCAUCUCUCGGAUCGCGACUGCGUCAUGUCCACUCUCUUUGGCAUGCUUUUCGCCUGUCAUCGCUCCUAUCGUGUAGCAACACGCGCUCUGAAAUUUAUCAAACCUUCUCACCCAUUUCUUCUUCGAGGCGGUGAUUCAUCUUCCUACACCCUCAUACUUCGAGGUGGCGAUUCCUUGGGCGCAUACCACAUGGAAGUUGACGCCAUGCGGGAUCUCAUCAUUCUCAAUACGGGAUGGCAGUGGCCCUGCCGUCUGAUCAGUACUGCCGGCGUUUUUCGUCUUCAUGUGCCAACACCGCUGCGCUGUCUGGCCCUCGCCUGGCCUGGGCCUCACCAACUCGGCCCCUCUGACGGCCGAAGUUCAUUCUACAAUUCCGAGGCUUUGAACGGCCUGCUAACCUUGUGGGGCUCCCGUACUCUCCGUGCUCUCUACGUUGUCGUGGAUCCGGCUCAUCUGCGGGAGGCGGAGAAACCGUGGCCCGCUUGGGGUAAUCGAUGGAGUGUGCCGAUGUACGCAGGCUCUGACACUAUACUAGAGGACUACUUGGCGUCUUUUGAGGUUGAUACAAGUAGCCAGGCACAGUACCUCUUUCAACGUGGAAACCGUCGGUACUUUGAAGUCUCGGCCGAGCAAGUGGCGCGGUCCGGUGGUCUCGGAGAGGUCGUCGAGCUUCUCGAAUCAGCUCGCAGGCGUCUCACCCCCACCGUCAGCCAGGGCGUCCAUCAAGAACAUCUCACCCAAGCACUAGAGAGCGAGACAGUGCCAUGCAGAUGUAGGAUCCUUUCUUGGCAGCAAUCGUUCUAGACGAUACGAUAUGCCGCCCUUGGGUCCCCUGCCAAGUCCCACAUUGCAUCGUGCACCAUCUACUCUUUUCGUAGGGCGUGCUUGGCGGGAUAUGCGAACCCCAUGCCUUGUCUUUCGCAUGGUCCAGGUUCAUCUUGAAGUCAACAUCAAGAAUUGAAGCCGGUGUCUGAGAAAAAUACACACGACUGCCUUCUCCUACAUCAAGCUUGAAGGCUGGUCAAGGAGAUCCCGAUGGGAGAGUUGUAGCCAGUAAUGACUGAACGAUUCUAUCAGCGUUUUGCCGAAGCCAGCCACAUAUGGAGUAGAUCCUCCGGCUGGACCAGCAAGAUGGAAACGGAAGAAGUGUAAGAAUAUCACAAGGUCUAUAAGAGCAUUCGAGUGUCCGGGUGUCUGAGAAGAUGCGAGUCCAGCUCUAGAGGACACACUGAACUGGCGCCCUUUCGACCAUAUAACUCACCAACACAACUUUACCGAACAGACGCUUUCAAGGGACAACCUGUUGAGAGAACAACGAUUGGUACAGUCCAAAAUGAGAGAGUUCCGAUUGUCUGGCACUUCACUCGCCAAUGCCGCCAAGUCAGCUCGAUGGGCGCAAACGCAGAGAGAGAGUGAACCCUUGGCGGUGAGAUGCCGUCUAGAGCCGUUCUGCAUAUACUUUACGGAGAAUUAACUACCUGCGUGCGUUAGAUGAAAUUCAUCACGGCUAAGGACGCAACAUGAAAUUCUCCAGCCACAAGAACCCCGAAUGACAGGGAACUCUUUCGUAGAGAACCUGUCUGAUCGAAUUCUCCCAUUCUCAUUCGCUCCCCCCACCUAACAUCCACGAAUAUCGUCAACAUCUGCAGUAGAAGUCUAGAGACUAGAAUUGGGAGGCCUGGGGGUCUGGCGGAGCGUACACCGAGCACGAGGUACGCUAAAUUGUCCAGGCGGAGGGAUUCUUCCAUCAAUCAGAGGCCGCAAAGGGGGUGGGUCCGAAGCCGGCUCGGCCUGGCGAACCCCCCGCGCUGGCACGCCGUCUCUGGGCCGGGUUGUUUUCUGCUGCCAAGCCCCACCGAAAGGGACCCUCUCCGGCGCAUGCCCCUCCAAGCCCUCCACUGAAGGCCCCUCCCCCUCCUUCCCCCUACCCCUCCAUUCUUCCGUCUCCCCCUCAUGCUGCUGGCAUGCUGCUGCUGCUACUAGCAACUGUCCCCUCCUCCGCCUCCGGCCCAAACUCCAGACUCGGGGUAAGGCAAAAGAGUGAGCGAGGUGGAAAAAAGUAGAGGGUCGUGGCCCGUGAGUGGUCUAGUCAUUGGCAGAGGCGGGGAGGGGAAGGUGGGAGAAGAAACGCAUCGUCGGAGGCUAUAAAGGUCUCUAAUCUCUCUGCCCGUUAUUGUGUCGUGUAAUAAUUCCCUCUAUUCUUCCCUCUUCCCUCCUCCAAUCUCCUUGCUGUCUCCUGUCUUUUCUCCAAGAAUCACGGUCCGUGUUUCUCUCUAGUUUUUUAUCGUUCCUGUUCUUAGACAAUUGCCCAACAUGAGUCUCGAUAUUACCAUCACCGGGUGGCAGACGCGCGAUGUGCGCUUCCCUACCUCCCUGGAUAAGACCGGUUCCGAUGCCAUGAACGCUGCUGGUGACUACUCUGCCGCCUACUGCAUUCUCGAGACCGACUCCAAGUACUCUGGCCACGGCAUGACCUUCACAAUCGGACGAGGAAACGAUAUCGUCUGCAAGGCCAUCGACUACCUUGUUGAGAGAAUCAAGGGCAAGAAGUUGUCAGACCUCGUCUCAAAUUGGGGUCAGACCUGGAGAUACCUCGUCAACGACAGCCAGCUGAGAUGGAUUGGUCCCGAGAAGGGUGUCAUCCACCUGGCCCUCGGCUCCGUUGUCAACGCCAUCUGGGAUUUGUGGGCCAAGGUCCUCGGCAAGCCCGUCUGGCGCAUCGUCGCCGACAUGUCUCCCGAGGAGUUCGUCGCCUGCAUUGACUUCCGUUACAUCACCGACGCCAUCACCCCCGAGGAGGCCAUCCAGCUCCUCAAGGAGCAGGAGCCCACAAAGGCUCAGCGCAUCAAGGACGCCGAGAACAGCCGUGCCGUCCCGGCCUACACCACCAGCGCUGGCUGGCUCGGCUACGGCGAGGACAAGAUGAAGGGCCUCCUCCAGGAGACCCUCGGCAAGGGGUACCGCCACUUCAAGCUCAAGGUCGGCAGCAGCGUCGAGCAGGACAAGAGGCGCCUGAGCAUCGCCCGUGAGGUCAUUGGCUACGACAGCGGCAACAUCCUCAUGGUCGACGCCAACCAGGUCUGGUCGGUGCCCGAAGCCAUCGAGUACAUGAAGCAGCUCAAGGAGUUCAAGCCCUGGUUCAUCGAGGAGCCCACCUCCCCCGACGACAUCCUCGGCCACAAGGCCAUCCGCGAGGCCCUCAAGCCCUACGGCAUCGGCGUCGCCACCGGCGAGAUGUGCCAGAACCGCGUCAUCUUCAAGCAGCUCCUCAUGUCGGGUGCCAUCGACAUCUGCCAGAUCGACGCCUGCCGCAUGGGCGGCGUCAACGAGGUCCUCGCCGUCCUGCUCAUGGCCAAGAAGUUCAACGUGCCCAUCGUCCCCCACUCGGGCGGCGUCGGCCUGCCCGAGUACACCCAGCACCUGAGCACCAUCGAUUACGUCGUCGUCAGCGGCAAGCUCUCCGUGCUUGAGUACGUCGACCACCUGCACGAGCACUUCCUCAACCCCUCCGUCAUCAAGGACGGGUACUACCAGACGCCCACCGAGCCCGGCUACAGCGUCGAGAUGAAGGCGGACAGCAUGGACCAGUACAGCUACCCCGGCAAGCAGGGCGUCAGCUGGUGGACCAGCGACGAGGCCAAGCCCAUUAUUGAGGGAGAGAAGAUUUAAAGCGGGAGUCUGACGACUCUUGAGGGGUCGAGCAGAGUAUAGGUUGCUCGUCCGCAGGGAAACGAUGGCAUCCUGCAUGGCUCGGCAGCCGCCGGCCAUCCUUUACCAGCGACUUACGACAACGAGAGGGGUCCGGCCAGGGAAGAAGGUCGGUCCGCAGGGCAACGAUGGCAUCCUGUAUAGUCAAGUCAAAAUGGCUAUCCUGUGCAAUUGGGCACAUGAAUCGCAUUGGCACAUGCGAAUCCAAAAUUCGGGGGGUCUGGCGAAUAGAGCCAGGCCGCAGGGCAACGAUGGCAUCCU